AUGCCUCCUAAAUUCGACCCCAACGAGAUUAAAGUUGGUACGUUUUCUCUGAAAAGUGGCGCUUAAAACCGCAGAAGCUAAGAUGGAGGCGGGAACACGGUAAAGACGGGACACGAAACUCGACGAUAAAAACUCUAAACAUGUCUGAAAAUGAUCCCUGCAUGUUUAAUAUGUUUAUUAGGAGGGCUGUGUUCAAAGUUUAAAGGUUUAAUGAUCUGGUUCUGGUUCUGGUCUCGGUCUGUGGUCGAUCCCACGUGGGAGAAGAGGCUAGCUCGAUGCUAAUGCUAACAUGGCUAACGUUGGUUAAUGUUAAAAUAUCCGGUUAAAAAAGUUUAUAAAGGAGAAUAUUUGUGUCUUAGGAUGGAGUUCAACUGAAAAUAUUGAGAUUUAUUUAUUAGGUCAAACCUUUGUUCAUGUAUAGUUUCAGUGGUGUUUUAAAUGAUCCGUUUAAGUUAACAGAAAUAUGUAAAGAUUAUAGAUUAAUAUGAUCUCAGAUUUGAUAUUAUUACUGACCUGUGUUCUGCUAAAUCUGAAGACACAUAUAUAACAGCAUUUAUACCUGAAAUAGUUUUUGCUAUUUGCACCCAGAAUAUUUUCACAGUAAAAAGUUUCCAGUCAGAAUAUAUACGAUAAAACUACAGUAAUACUUUAUUAAAAAUCCUGUAUUCAAACUAUACUACUACUUCAGUAAAACUACAGUGAUAUUAUAUCAAAACUACUGUAUUUAAAUUACAGUAAUGUAUAUUAAAACUACAGUAAUACUAUAAUAUAACCACAGGAAGACUUUAAACUUCUGUAUUAAAACUACAGUAAUACUUCAUUGACACUACAGUAGUAUUAAAUUUAAUGUACAGCAAUACUAUAUUACAAUAAUAUGACAUGUUUUUUUCAUCUUCACAUGUCAGAAGUCCUCCAUGAAGGUCCACAAUCCUGUGAACUAACCUGCAGUCAAAGAACAUAAAUCAGAUUUGAUUUCACUAAAAUUAUCGACUUCAGUUUGUGACAAAUCUGUACGUUUGUCUUUGAGCUUACUCCUUCAAAUUACACAUGCCGAAGAAACAAAACGGCAAAGGCUUUAUGCACCGUUCCUGCAGUGAGAUUUCAUCAGUUAAUGUCAUUUAAACAUUUAAUUAAAAUCCUUACUAAAUAUCAGGAGCUGAAAUACCGUUAAUGAUUUAUCUGGGAGUUACAAGUUCAAUAAUGUGUCCAGAAAACUAAAGGGUAGAACUGUUGGCUCUUUAUUUUCUGUUUUCUGUCUUAAAUUCAGGAGUUGACAGUUUAAUCAGAAAUAACUGGAAAAACCCAAACGGGUCAGAUUGUUCUGUUCAGGUACCGCCUGUUUCUGACUGUUAGAGCAGCCGUUCACUUUCAGACAGAUCAUGUUUAAUUCAACUACAUUUGGCAGACGGUCUCAGGUCUCAGGUGGUCUUUUUGUAAACCCCUUUAAACAGGAUCAUGUCUAAAUUAAAUCUUAGUUCUUAGAGUCGUGUGAAAGGAUGACUGAGUUACAGAAACAGGUCUGAAUCAUUGUUAACCCUUUAAUGCCUUUGCAUCAUAUCUGAUAUAAAGUUUUACUUUUGUCGAAUCAAUCAGAUCAACAAAUCACUAAAUAAAACGCCUGAAUACAGUCGAUAAAUGAGGAAAAGUGUCCUUUUGGUUUAUCAGUUUCCAAAAACAUCUGAUUUAUCAAACCGGAUCAAGAAACACAUUAGUUACAUUUUCAGGACACUUCGAUUGUUUUGGUUUUCAGUAAUAAAUGAAAUAAACAUUUAAGCUAAAAAAAAUUGAAUUAUCUGGCCUUGAUUUGCGUCUUCAGGCGUUAAAGGGUUACUUUAUUUUAAUCAUGGAUAUCUGGAGGUCUUCAUUAAAAAGAUCAAAACUUGAAACCAGAUCAGGGUCCAGUUUCAGACCCGGACCAGAGGAUCUACAUUUCUAAAACCAGCAGCAGUUCAGGGUUCAUUAAAGUUCAGUAAUAAUUAUUGAUUUAUCAUCCUUAUGUUUUGAUGGGUCUUUCAGGGACGGUGGACAGCACCCUGAUCAUGUCCGGUUCUGCAGAACAGUUUAGACCCAGAUAAUGGUUUAAUUAAAAUGAAGUCAAAUGGACGUUCAGGACCCGAUUCAGAACCGCUGAAGUUUGGGAUGUCAGAUCUGUGUCUGAAGAUCAGCUGUCAGUGGGUGUUGGUGAAGUUAGAAGUGUGAAGAGAGUGUGUGUAUCAGAUCUGAAUGUUUAAUGGGGAAUGACGUCAGUGUUUUCAAUCUAUACAGACCGUUAUACUUUUAAAUCACUCCUAAAAACACCUUUUUAAAACAACUUCUAACCUGUGAACUCUUCUCUUUAUUGUCUUUUUUAACCUUUUACAUUGUUGGUCUUAUUACUCUGAAUUUUCUGUAUUUUAAAUCAUUUUUUUGUAAAGCAUCUGUGAGCUCCUUUUAAAAGCGCGUUAUAAAUAAAAUGUAUGAUUAAUUUGCUCCUCUCCUCCCCUCCCUCCCUCUGUCUCUCGUUCUCAGUGUACAUGAGGUGCACAGGAGGAGAAGUGGGCGCCACCUCCGCCCUGGCCCCCAAAAUCGGACCUCUGGGUUUGGUGAGUGUUGAUGUCUGUCUCCAUAGAAACCAAAGUCAGCCUCCCGCCACUAUGCCUGUCUGUCCCCGUGACUGAGUAUAAUCCAGUGGAGGCUCAGAGUGACCCGGCUUUAGGAAACAGAGCUGUUCUCACUGAUGGUGGACCGCUCUGUGCCGAAAAGUCUGGAACAAACAAACCCGGUGAAGAGCGAAGGAGAGGCCGAAACCAAACCUGACCCUCAUGUUAGACCCUCACAGGUCCCUGAGGCGCUGAUGGUCUUCAGCUCCUGGGACACAGAGACUCUGAGGCUCGAGUUCCAACCUGGUGUUUUUCUCUACUGCUGAGACUUUAUCAAAUAAUGUUUGUCUUAUUGAUCGACCUCAGUACUAUUAUUAGAAAUCAAUUUUAGGUCUUUUGGUCACAUGACAGUGAAGCUAUUGAAGGAAAACAGCCUUUUCUGAGAACAUCAACCGGUAAUUUAUUGACGGUCCCUUAUUCAACACCGACGUUGACAGUGAGGGUGUCGAGUAGAUUUAACCGCGCUGCUGUUGUUAUUCCUGGUUAUGGAGAGUGAGAAGACACCGGUAGAUCCUCAGAGAAUGUCCGUCAGAUAUCCAACCUGAAACUAACUUCACCGCCGUAUUUACAGGAAAAUAUAUCCAACCUGAAACUAACUUCACCGCCGUAUUUACAGGAAAAUAUAUCCAACCUGAAACUAACUUCACCGCCGUAUUUACAGGAAAAAAAAGUUUGAUUUUUUUUUAAUUGCGCACGUGACCCUAAAUACAUUUUUAUAGUCUAUCUAUCUAUUUUUAGUCGCAGUGAAACAGUCACACUGUCGGGCCCUGGAUGACCUCAUUCUGAUAAUUUAAUUUAUUCUUCACGUCUUUGGAGACGAAAGUUUAUGUCAUAACUAGUUUUGUAAAGCACACUCUUGUUCUGCGAUUGUCCUCUGUUUCUCAGUCCGGUCUGCAAAGCGGGGCGUCGGGGGCGGAGCUUGGAUUAGUGAUGUAGGAAAUCUCGCUGUGUCUGAACCUGCCGUUUGAGUCGGUCAGAGGUUCAGAGAUUUGAGAGAAGAAAUCCUCAGAAAUGAAACUUUGUUCUUCGUUUUCUUUAUCAGAAAAAUGUUCUGAACACUCUGACAACAAAGUCCAGAUCUUCAUCAGAGUGGAUCUUAAACCUUCUGAAUUUGUAACUCCAGACGUUUGUGAAUUUUCGGUUUUUCAUAAAUUUUCGAUCUUGUUUUUUCUUCAGUCUCCCAAGAAAGUCGGUGACGACAUCGCCAAGGCCACCGGGGACUGGAAGGGUCUGAGGAUCACGGUGAAGCUGACCAUCCAGAACAGACAGGCCGCGGUGAGUACGCUGACAUCACACUCGUUGGUCACAUGACCCUGUGGAGGCCGGUCUGAUGUCUGUCUUCUGUCCUCCAGAUCGAGGUGGUCCCCUCUGCGUCCGCCCUGAUCAUCAAAGCUCUGAAGGAGCCUCCUCGUGACAGGAAGAAGGUCAAGAACAGUAAGUGACCGUCCGGGCUUUCUUUUCUUUUUUAAAGUGAAAUAAAAAUUAAAUUUAAACUGUUUUUUAAUUCGCCUUUCAGUCAAACACAGCGGGAGUGUGACCUUCGAUGAGAUCGUGGGCGUCGCCCGCGUCAUGAGGCCUCGCUCCAUCGCCAGAGAGCUCUCAGGUGAGACUUGAAACCAGCUGGUUCCUCUGCUGGAGGAUCCUCUUCAGAGUCCAGCUGCUUCUGUCAGCCUCCCGCCACUAUGCCUGUCUGUCCCCGUGACUGAGUAUAAUCCAGUGGAGGCUCAGAGUGACCCAACUUUAGGAAACAGAGCUGUUCUCACUGAUGGUGGACCGCUCUGUGCCGAAAAGUCUGGAACAUUUCACCAUAAAAACCAGUCUUCAGAGUUGAAUUUCACGGCGAGUUUCUUCUAACCAUCUGCGUUUCUUCUGUUCAGGAACCAUCAAGGAGAUCCUGGGAACCGCUCAGUCUGUCGGCUGCUCCGUUGAUGGUCGUCCUCCUCAUGACAUCAUCGAUGACAUCAACAGCGGCAAAAUUGAGUGUCCCUCUGAGUAA